CGAAAUUCAAACAAAAUUGAACUCAAACAUUCAGUUAUAAGGUCUACAUUAGGCAUGUCCACCUCAAAGAUAGGUUGUUUGAAACGAGGGUGAAGAAACAGGGGUGUUUGCAGGAUGCGGGGCGCGGGGAAGGUAGGGUGCGUCGCGCAGGCGUGCUUCAGUCGCCCGCGCGACCCCGCUGCCGCCGGCCGCGCGCCAUGGACGAGGGAAGAGCGCGCGACCGUGCUCCACUCACGGUCAUAGUCACCCCAAACAACGCCUCGCCGCCCAGACUGUCGCCCGCGGACCUGCUGCCCGACGGCGAUGCGGCCUUCCACCCGCUAUCGGCGGUGAACGGGCGCCUGACUCCGCCGGGGCUCGAGCCCGCUUCGUACGCGACGCUCACCCCCCUGCUCCCGCUGCCGCCGAUCAGCACCGUCUCCGACAAGUUCGCGUACCACGCGGGGGGCACCUUCACUGUCAUCCAGCAGCAGCAGUCGUACGCGUCGCUGUCACCAGCGAAUUACAACGAGCCGCUAUCACCGCAGUCGGCUUACAGCAGACGGAGCGCGUCCCCGAACUCCUUCGACAGGCGGUCACCGACUCCGCCAUUACCGAGCCCGGGGCUGGACCUCAACGCGGCUCUGCUAGCGCGAGAGGAGCAGCAGCAACAACAGCAACAGGCACAGAACGACACAGAAGAAAUUAAUACUAAAGAAUUAGCACAGAGGAUAAGUGGAGAAUUGAAGAGGUACUCCAUACCUCAGGCGAUAUUUGCUCAGCGGGUGUUAUGUAGGUCUCAAGGUACACUCAGUGACUUGCUAAGAAAUCCGAAGCCGUGGUCGAAGCUCAAGUCUGGGAGGGAGACCUUCAGGCGGAUGUGGAAGUGGCUUCAGGAGCCAGAGUUCCAGAGGAUGUCGGCGUUAAGGCUAGCAGCGGCCCAGAUCCCGCAGAGAGGCAAUGGUGUAACUGUUGAUCUGUUCGUUGCAGGCUGCAAACGCAAGGAGGACAUGGGUUUGGAUACCCUUCCUUCCCCGAAGAAACCCCGUUUGGUUUUCACAGACCUCCAGCGGCGUACUCUUCAGGCUAUUUUUAAGGAAACAAAACGACCAUCAAAAGAAAUGCAAGUCACUAUAGCACGGCAGCUAGGUUUAGAGCCAACGACGGUUGGAAAUUUCUUCAUGAACGCUCGUCGAAGGUCCAUGGACAAAUGGAAGGACGAUGAUGCGCCAUCAACAGACCUUGAUCAGCAGUGCGAGAGCCAUGACAUGGAUCGUGUUGGCAGCAUGGACUCUGGAGAGUCCGAGGAAGACCACGAUGACACUGAUGAUCAUCUGUUGUGACGUCGUCUGAUCCAGCAGCAGCUAUUAGUGCUAUAAGACAAGAGUUUAUGGGCCCCGGUCAGUGAAUGUAGUGCAACUAAUCGGUUUUGGUCCUUUUAGAUGAUUUGUGAGUUUUUGUCUGUUGUGAAUAUGGUUGGGGCUUUCGUUUUCGUUUUUGUAUUUUACUUUAAAUACUGGUUUUGUAUAUUCGAUUUUUGACAUUUAAAAGUAUAGUUAUGGAUUUACAAUUAAGUAAAGUAUCAAGUCUCACAGUCUCACUUUAUUUUAUCUCAAUUGAUAAUACUAUAGCAGAAUUCUAAACUCGAAACGAAAACGAAAGCGCAAAACCAAUCUAUCCUUUUCCACCAUAUCAUGUAUUGUAUACCUGUCUCUUUUUAAACACAUUUCCGACAAUAUCGGGGCCCUAACUUUGUAAGUUAUAUAAAAGUGUACAGUACAGUGAAUAGUGCGACUUCGACGCCGUUAUAGGUAAUGUUUAGUUGUUAGCUGCUGGGUAUCGAGAACUAUAUCGAUUGUCGAUAAGAUUUAUCGAUUAAAAUUAGUCGAUAAAGUUUUAAAAGUAGAUUUUCAAGGAUGAUGAAUGACGGGUAUUCGAUUUUUGUACUUUCAAGUAAUGAGCGAAUUGCUUUUUGUAAGACUAAGGACUGGAGUGUGUCGUUUGGUUUUUUAUCGACACUCGAUAUCGAUAUAGUGUUGUACCCACAUUGAUCUCUAAAUCAAACGUUACUAGUCAAACAAUUAAUAGUGACUUUUACUUUUUUUUAAUUUUAGAACGACAAUAUAUAUUUUUUAGUGUUAAAUCAAUCAGGAUGGGUUUUGGUGGUCACUAAUUACAUAGUUAAUAAUGUGUAAUACACCAUUUUAACUUAAUACAGUCAGUUUCAAAAUGGCGCUUUAAUCCAAUACUGAUUGAUAUUAGAUAAUUCACAUACAGAUUGGAUCUUUUAAAUUUAAAGUAGUCAAAUAUCCGAUGAAAUCGGAUUAAACAUUAACUCUAAUUAAUACGUCACAUGAUUAUAUUAUAAUACCAGCCUUUAUACGUCCCACUGCUGGGCAUAGGACUCUAGCAGUACAGGGAAAGCUUGACCAUUGAUUGAUGAUCAUGCUUAUAUUACUUACGCAAAUAUCAUUACUUCUUGGGUAAUAUGGUACAAGACGUUUCUUAGAUCACUAUAAAUAGCAUAUUAGGUACUAAGCGGCUGCUACAUCUGAAAAAACAAAUGGGUUUGUCUAUAUCACCCCAGCAUAACCUAAUUUUAAGCUGUGUACUUGCGUGGAUACUUUUAUGACAGCAAAACCUUUUUUUAACUUAAACCUUAGCAAAUAAUAACAAUUUAUAGUUUAUCAUUUUUGGAAGAAAGAUGGAAGUUUAAAG